GCGCCCACCCGCCACACCGCAGCGAAGAGCGCGCAGCGAGUCGCCGAGCUCAUUACAUCACCCCACACACUCCUCCUCCCCGAAUCCAUCCACCUCGCCGGCGAGGAGGAGGAAGUAGAACAAGAUGGUGGGACUCCUGCCGGAGACCAAUGCCGCGGCGGAGACCGACGUGCUCCUCGACGCCUGGGACUUCAAGGGCCGCCCGGCCCCGCGCGCCUCCACCGGCCGCUGGGGCGCCGCCGCCAUGAUCCUAGUGGCGGAGCUGAACGAGCGGCUGACGACGCUGGGCAUCGCCGUGAACCUGGUGACGUACCUGACGGCGACCAUGCACCUGGGCAACGCCGAGUCCGCCAACGUCGUCACCAACUUCAUGGGCACCUCCUUCAUGCUCUGCCUCCUCGGCGGUUUCGUCGCCGACUCCUUCCUCGGCCGCUACCUCACCAUCGCCAUCUUCACCGCCGUCCAGGCGUCGGGGGUGACGAUCCUGACGAUCUCGACGGCGGCGCCGGGGCUGCGGCCAGCGGCGUGCGCGGCCAAAGGCGCGGCGGCGUGCGAGCGCGCGUCGGGCGCGCAGCUGGGCGUGCUCUACCUGGCGCUCUACCUGACGGCGCUGGGCACCGGCGGGCUCAAGUCCAGCGUCUCCGGCUUCGGCUCCGACCAGUUCGACGAGACGGACCGCGCCGAGAAGAACCAGAUGAUGCGCUUCUUCAACUGGUUCUUCUUCUUCAUCUCGCUCGGCUCGCUGCUCGCCGUCACGGUGCUCGUCUACGUCCAGGACAACCUGGGCCGGCCGUGGGGGUACGGAGCCUGCGCCGCCGCCAUCGCGGCGGGGCUCGUCGUCUUCCUCGCCGGGACGCGGAGGUACCGCUUCAAGAAGCUGGUAGGCAGCCCGCUCACGCAGAUCGCCGCCGUCGUCGUCGCCGCCUGGCACAAGCGCCGCCUCGAGCUGCCCGCCGACCCCGCCAUGCUCUACGACAUCGACAUCGGCAAGGUGGCCGCCGCCGAGGAGGGGUCGACCAAGAAGACCAAGCGCAAGGAGCGCCUCCCCCACACCGAGCAGUUCCGGUUCCUUGACCACGCUGCUAUCAACGAGGACCCGGCGGCGGAGCCGAGCAAGUGGCGGCUGGCGACGCUGACGGACGUGGAGGAGGUGAAGACGGUGGUGCGGAUGCUGCCCAUCUGGGCGACCACCAUCAUGUUCUGGACGGUGUACGCGCAGAUGACCACCUUCUCGGUGUCCCAGGCCACCACCAUGGACCGCCGCAUCGGCUCGUCCUUCCAGAUCCCGGCCGGCUCGCUCACCGUCUUCUUCGUCGGCUCCAUCCUGCUCACCGUCCCCAUCUACGACCGCAUCGUGGUGCCGGUGGCGCGCCGCCUCAACGGCAACCCGCACGGUCUCACCCCGCUGCAGCGCAUCGGCGUGGGCCUGGCGCUCUCCGUGAUUGCCAUGGCCGGCGCGGCGCUCACCGAGAUCCGGCGCCUGCGCGUGGCGCGCGACGAGGCCGUCCCCGCCGGCGGCGUGGUGCCCAUGUCCGUGUUCUGGCUGAUCCCGCAGUUCUUCCUGGUGGGCGCCGGCGAGGCGUUCACGUACAUCGGGCAGCUGGACUUCUUCCUCCGCGAGUGCCCCAAGGGCAUGAAGACCAUGAGCACGGGGUUGUUCCUGAGCACGCUGUCGCUGGGCUUCUUCGUCAGCUCGGCGCUCGUGGCCGCCGUGCACAAGGUGACGGGCGACCGCCACCCCUGGAUCGCCGACGACCUCAACAAGGGCAGGCUCGACAACUUCUACUGGCUGCUCGCCGUGAUCUGCUUCGCCAACCUGCUCGUCUACCUCGUCGCCGCCAGAUGGUACAAGUACAAGGCCGGCCGCCCCGGCGCCGACGGCAGCGUCAACGGCGUCGAGAUGGCCGACGAGCCCAUGCUCCACUGAGACGGGACGCGACGGGACCCAUAUCCGGCCGUCCGUCGGCCGCCGAUCCAACGGCGCCGAUUGCUCCGCAUGUGUUGUACUAAGUGUCGACGUGGCAUCUGGCAUGUAUACCCUUUGUGUAUCUAUCGAGUACAGUGUACGCAGCGAGUGGUGCCUGCGUACGCGUGUAGUAUAAAUUAAUAACUUGUUUCUUAGAGGGGGGAGAUUGUAAAACCGCAAGGUGGGGACCGGGUGUCAGUGACUCCGUGUUGAUGCAUUUUGUAAUGGGAGAGGGAGGGGGUGGUUUGAUCUUGUCGCGGUGGAAAGAAAAACCUCCACUGCAUUGUUUAAAUCAUGCAAAAGAGAGGGUAAAAGAAAAUCAAGGAUGUGUGCUUUUUCGUUGAUU